UAGCCCGCGUAUUUAAAAAGCAAAGUCGACCUAACCGCGCGCAGGCAAGCCGGGCGAAAUGAGGCCGGCUGAACGCGGGCUCGACGCGGGGUUCUUCGGGCAGCAUUUAUAUCGGUACCUGACCUUGAAGAUAUAAAUCAUGAAGAUGUAGCCCCCCCCGACUCGCAAGGACGGUCAACUCAUUAUACUCCAACCAACCAGCACUUAACGCAAACCUGUAACGACGUGAAACUUUAGCCAUGUCCUUCAAGUACAACCGUGUCCUCCUCGUCGGGGCUACCUCUGGGAUAGGGGCGUCCAUGGCCGAGAAGUUCAUCCGCGAGGGUGCCAAGGUCAUCGCCGUUGGACGCCGUCAGGAGAGGCUCGAUGCCUUUGUCCAAAAGCACGGCCCGGAUAAGGCCAGCGGUGUCCGCUACGAUAUCACGGAUAGCGCUGGCUUGGAUGCCUUCGUCGAUGGCAUCGUGAGCAAGUACCCCGACCUCGACUGCGUCUUCCUCAACGCAGGGACCCAGACCCCGAUCCUGCUCUCGAAGCCGGCCGAGGUCGACCUGGAUGCCUUCCACCGGGAGAUCAGUACCAACUUCUCGCGGCCCAUGGACCUCUCCAUCAAGUUCCUUCCGCACCUGCUGGCGAAGCCGUUCCCCACCGCCCUACUCUUCACCGGCUCGCUGCUGGCCGCCGUCCCCGUCAUCAAGGCGCCGGCAUACGCGACCUCCAAGGCAGCCCUCACCGCCUACGUGAGCUGCCUGCGCCAGGUGCACAAGGGCUCCAACACCAAGAUCAUCGAGAUCUGGCCGCCCCUCGUUCAGAGCGAAAUCCACGACUACAUGGGUCCCGAGAAGGGCCGGAAGAUGGGGAUGCCGACGGACGAGUUCACGGAGCAGGCGUGGGCGCAGCUGGCGGCGGGAUCUGAAAUGGUGAUUGUGGGGUCGCUAGGGCCGCCGAAGGAGUUCCACGAGAUGUUGAGGCUGCGUAACGGCAUAUUCGACACCAUGGCCAAUGGCCGGUGGGGGCCUUGAAGGGGGCCCUCUGCUCCUGGGAUUAGACGUUAGUUGCCUCCCUACAAGCUCUUUGGGGACCCGUUUUAUGGUUCAUGGGGACUUCUCGGGGGUGGUAAUUUAAUCUGGGCUUGAUGUUCGUCUCUGAGAGUGACUCUCGUGUUUGUUGGGUUGGGCGAUGAAGACGUGAAUGGCUACACGGACGA